GACCCUUGCUAGUGUAAAGUGCUUACUCAUGCUGCUGUUGCAAUUUGAAAAUAGUGAUCGAUUUAUGACUGCUGUGCUACACAUUCAGCAUCUGAUGACCUCAGUAUGGCGUCGAUUGGACAAAUCAUAUUUUGGAGUAUGAUUGUGCUCAUAUUUGUAAUGGCUGGACUUAUAAUUCUCCUUUUGGCCAUUGCAUUUUCAGUAUCCUAUGGCUCUGUGGUGACUAACACACCUUUUCCUGUGGGCAAUCUGGGGCAGGACGUGAUCCUAGACUGCAAAUUCCAAACCAAAACUACCCAAGUUUCUUCUGAUGUUUCAAUCACUUGGCAAAAAGACGGUCUCACUGGAGUAGUUUAUCAAUACCAGAACAAAGCAGACCAUUUAACAGAGCAGAAUCCACUGUUCAAAAACAGAGCAAAUCUUUUUCAAAAUUCCAUCACAACAGGCAACGCUUCUCUUCUGUUGAGGACAGUAAGCAUGGAGGAUGAGGGAGUGUAUCGCUGUAGUGUGACUGCUUCUGGAGUCACGGGUACAGUCAGCAUCCAUCUCAGAGUGGGAGCUUUUUCAGCUCCAAAUAUAACCAUCUCAAAAGGCAUCCUGGAAGCUUAUGCUCCAAGAUGGCUGCCCAAACCUGAUGUGACUUGGUUUGACCAGAAUGGAAAGCAGAUAAAAAGUAGUACCCAGUUUAACAACAUAUCAAUGGGAAUUGUGCAAGUAAUGAGCAACAUUCAAGUCCAGGUUACUGACAUGACCUACACCUGUAUCAUCCAAAAUGCUCUUGUCAAAGCUGUCUCUCAAGCAACAGUUAGAGGUAAUGGAGUUUCGACAGAGACUGACUUCAUAUUUAAUUCGUCACCAAGCAUCAUCACAUCACAUGUAAUUGGCACAGCCUUCAUAUUUCUCUGUAUGUUGGUAUGGUGAAGUCUACUCAAGUCAAGAGGCUUUUAUGGUCAUUUUGACCAUAUACAUUAUAGCUGAACAUACAUCUGGUGCAUAUGAUAUGCAGGACUUGAGGAUGUGGCAUAGAGCAUUAACAGAGACAUGAUUCACACUGUGUUGUUAAAUAUCAAAGCAUAAAUGAGAGCAACUGUAAAAUGCAACUUUUUCUGUAAAUAACAUUUAAUCUUCUUGUAAAUAAGAAAAACAAAUAUUAUUAUACAGUUGUAAUUA